AUGGCUCCGCACCAACCCCUGGUGGCGUCGUCCUUGGCGUGCGUCACCUCGCUCGAGCUCUCGCUCUCGUCCGGCCGCAGGAGCCUGAAGGCCGAGAAGCCGCGGUCGCGCGUGGAGGACGGCAACUUCGGCACGUCGGGCGGCAUCGGCUUCACCAAGGACAACGAGCUCUUCGUGGGGCGCGUGGCCAUGCUGGGCUUCGUGGCGUCACUCCUGGGCCAGCCUGGAGACGGGCAACGGAUCACGUCGCAGCUCAACCUAGAGACGGGUGUUGGGUCGCCAUUAAGAACCUCCGACAUCUCCUUAGCUCCGUUAGUCCUAAAGACUAUCAGGUUCAGAACUCCUCCAUGA